AUGGCGCACCAGCCGGCUGCUCGCGGCGUGCUUCGCUGCGUCUUCCUCCUGGUCCUUCUCCGCCAAGCCACCGCCUACGGAGUGCAACUCUACGGCGCGGGUUCACCCAACCCGAGUGCUGUGAUGGCGGAGUGGGCCACCGCCUACAAGUACCACCGCGACGACGUCACCAUCGCCUACCAGGCCCAAGACCUUACCACAGCGUUCCAGGGUUACGCCUCGGGUGGCGAGGACUUUCUGUGCAUCGAUCGUCGGGUGUCGGCUGAUAUGGAAGCGCAGUACGGCGAGUUUGCGCAGAUACCGCUGAUGGGCCAGGCGCUGGUGAUGGCCUACAACGUCCCAGCGAUCAGCUCUGCUGGCUCUCAGCUGGUAGGCGCAUCCCAGUUGAAGUCAGGAAGCAUCACCAUGUGGAACGACUCGGCCAUCCAAGCUGCCAAUCCGGCUCUGGCGACGCUUCUGCCCGCCGAACCCAUCUUGAUCGGCUACAACGAUAAUACCAACGACAUGACGAUUAUCGAGGUGCUCAAGCUGUCUCUGGAGAGCUUCAGUCCCGCCUUCAAGGGUGCAUUGGCUGCGGCCAACAGAACCUUGGCCAAGCUGCCCCCGGCGCAGAGUGGCACCAUGGUCCUGGCGGGCAACUCUACAGCCAGCAGGAUCAGCUGGCUCAAGGCGAAUACAAACAGCCUCACGUUCGCCAGCUACGCUGACACCGUGCAGGCCAACGUCUCGUGGGCCAACAUGGUGAACAAGGCCGGGAUGAAGGUAGCUCCGUCGGUCACCUCCGUGCAGUCGGCGAUGAACGAUUUCCAGAACGCGUUUGUCGGGGGCAACUUCUCCGUCGACAUUCUCGAUGCCGCUGGCAACGCCUCGUGGCCGAUGGCCUACAUGACCUACUUCGCGCUGCUGAAGAACGUUUCCGUCUUCGACUGCACCGACAUCCAGGAGAUGCUCAACUUCGUCGCCUGGGUCCAAACCAAUGAUCAAGCGUCAACGGCCGCCACCAACCUCAACGUGGUUCCCUUGGCGCUCGGUUUGCACAAGCGAAUCAUCGAUCUACUGGGCACUGUGCAGUGCAAUGGCGAACAGGCCUUCUCGGUCCCCUACCUCGUGGGUGCUGGCUCGCCGAUCACCGUGGUCCGAACGUGGACCAGCGCCUGGUCCUCUGCCACCACCGCAGUCGAGUACUACCAAGCCUCGUCCAACCAGGCCAAGCAGCAGCUGGUCACGUACAACGAGGACUUCGGCAUCAUCAGCACCGGACUGUCGGCCGAUUGGUACGCACAGAUGGAGGAUGCGGUCCUGCUGCCUCUCACCAUUUACGCCGCAACGCCCGCGUACAACGUUCAGGAGCUGAUUGAGGCUGGGCUCACUCUGGUACUCGAUAUGGACACCAUCGCAGCCAUCUACCUCAGCGAGAUCACAAUGUGGAACGACGCACAGAUAAAAGCGCUCAAUUCUCCCACUGUAGCUGCAGCGUUGCCGGAGCGACCCAUUUUCGUGAUUACCGUGACAAUCGGUAAUGCCAUGAACGAGCUAACCACGACAGCGCUCAACGCCUCUGUGCCCAGAUUUGCUACGCAGGUGGGUGCUGGCCCGUUGGUCACCUACCCGGUCGAGGCCACCAACCGGUCAGUGCAAACCAACUCGCUCACGGCGUUCGCAGCUGUGAUGGCCGCCAACGCCGACACGUUUGGCUUUUGGCAGGCCUAUGAAGUGUUCUCUACUCAGGGCAUAGCUGCGGCUUCGCUCAUCAACCCGGCAGGCAAUCCGGUCCGAGUCUCCGCGACAUCGCUCCAAAGCGCUGUGAGCGACUAUAUGAGCUCCGUGGUCAAUCCCACGUUCACCUCGCUGUUGCUGAGGCCAGGGAAAGAGAGCUGGCCUGUUGCCGUUUUCGGUUCUAUCAUCUACAGGAAGCGCACCAUGCAGGACUGCAGGAAGGCAGCUGCUCUGGCCAACUUCACCUACUGGUCCCAGACCAACACUGAGGCUCUCCGAAUUGCCGAAAGGCAGGGAUUCGUCGUUGCCUCUUCGGUGAAGCCGUUGUACAGUAUCCUGCUCAACGAACUCAAAGGGUUCACGUGCAAUGACGAACCGGUGAGCACCCUCGCCAGCUGCAUAUCCAAUGGCGCCUUGUGCUCCGACGUUGGCACGUGUAGCAGCGAUACCCACAGCUGCGUUUGCCCCGACGGCCGAGAAGGGCAGUAUUGCGAAGAAGUCACGACCUCGUCUGCAGAUGUCGCGCUUCCCAUCAUUCUCGGCAUAGUCAUUCCAGUUGCCGCCUGCGUCUUUCUGUUGCUGCUGGCGUUCAUCAUCGUGCUGGUCGUCAUCAUUCGCCGCCAGAGCAAUCAGACCAGCGACUGGGAGAUCGAUUUCGACGAGCUCGAACUCGGCGAACACCUGGGCACUGGCGGCUUCGGUUCGGUGCACCGCGCAACGUGGAAAGGCACCGAAGUUGCUGUCAAGAUGCUGACGUCGGACAAGAUCACGAAGGACCUCGAAAGGAGCUUCAAGGAUGAGCACCUCAUCAUUGUCAUACAGGUGCGAGUGAUGACGGCGCUGCGGCACCCCAAUGUGGUGUUGUUCAUGGCGGCAUCGACCAAGGCGCCCAAGAUGUGCAUCGUCAUGGAGUUCAUGACCCUCGGCUCACUCUACGAUUUGCUGCACAACGAGCUGGUGCCAGAAUUGCCCUUUGCGCUCAAAGCCAAAAUGGCCUACCAAGCCUCCAAGGGCAUGCACUUCCUCCACUCUUCUGGCAUUGUGCAUCGCGAUCUCAAGUCGCUCAAUCUGCUGCUCGACAACAAGUGGAACGUCAAGGUGAGUGACUUUGGCCUGACCAAGUUCCGGGAGGAUGUGUCCAAGGGAGGCGGGAAGGAGGUGGCUGGCAGCGUGCACUGGACUGCCCCGGAGGUCCUCAACGAGUCGUCCGAUGUCGAUCUUAUCCUGGCCGACGUCUACAGCUUCGCCUAUUUUGGCAUGAGCCCUGCCGCGGUGGCGGUGGCGGUGAUCCGGGAUGGCAUCCGGCCUACAAUCCCCGAGUCGGACGGCACGUCCCCGGUCGAGUACGAAGAGCUGCUCACCAGCUGCUGGCACCAGGACCCCACCAUACGCCCGACGUUCCUCGAGAUCAUGACGCGCCUGUCGUCCAUGCACGGCGACUCUUCGUCGGCCCUGGGCGGCGCGACGUCGUUCACCUCCAAGACGUCGUCCCACUCCUCCUCAUCGGGGCACUCGGGCAACAACGGCGGCGCGGCCGGCGUGAGGCGCAGCCUCUAUAGCUCGUGGGGCAUGCCGUCCAACACCUCCGGGUCCACCGGUUCGUCGUCUUCGCACUCGUCGGCGAAGGAGGCGCCUGGGGCGGCAGGCGAUGCCGGUCCGGUGAAAGCCCCGCAAGGCGAAGUGACGAUCGUGUUCACGGACAUCACGCGCGCCGCGUCGCUGUGGGAGUUCAACGCUGCGGCCAUGCGCGACGCCACGCUUCUGCACAACGCUGCGCUGCGCGCGUCAUUGGCCCAGCAUCGCGGCUACGAGGUGGUCUUCCUCCGCGACCGCAACUCGGGCGAGGGCUCCUUCUGCAUGGCCUUCCACACCCCCAGCGAGGCUCUGGCGUGGUGCUCCGAGGUGCAGCGCGCACUACUGGCCGUGGCCUGGCCGGAGGCACUGCUGGACCAUCCCGGUGCUGCCGAAGAGUGGGGCGACACCGACGACAGGGUCCUGUUCAAGGGACUGCGCGUGCGGAUGGGCGUGCACGUGGGAACGCCCAGGGCGGUGCGCGAUCCGAUAACGCGGCGAGUGGAGUACAUCGGACCCGUGGUCAACGCCACAGCUCGCAUCACCGCGCUGACGCACGGUGGUCAGAUCGUGCUCAGCCAAGCCGUCUAUGAGAAGAUCAAGGCCACCGCCGCUGGUGGGCACCCGCACAAGAACCGGCUCAGAAGCUUGGGCCGGUUCGAGAUGCCCGAUUCCCCCAACGGCUCGAAGCUGUUUGAGCUCAAGGUCCCAGGACUCGAGGCGCGGUUCUUCGGCGGUGUGGCGCACGGAGGUGACUUGAACGGGCUGGGCGAACGGUCGAGCGACUCGGAGGGCCACACCAAGCGGUCGUACGACAGGCAGGACGACAACGACAGCACCAGGAGCGCCGGCUCGGCGCAUGGCAGCGACCGCGAUGGCGGCGACAUGCAGACGACGGUGGGCGAAGGCAUGCAGUUCAAGGAGGACAACUUCCUCACGUCGGCCAACCUCUGCCGGUGGAUCAUCGACUACGGCGAGAUUCAGGUGGGCAAGCAGGUGGGCCUCGGCUCCUACGGUGUGGUCUACAAGGGCAAGUGGAAGGGCGUCGAGGUGGCCGUCAAGCGGUUCAUCAAGCAGAAGCUCGAUGAGCGCCGCAUGCUCGAGUUCCGCGCCGAGAUGGCCUUCCUCUCCGAGCUCCACCACCCCAACAUCGUCCUCUUCAUCGGUGCCUGCGUGAAAAAGCCCAACCUCUGCAUUGUCACGGAGUUCGUGAAGCAGGGCAGCCUGAAGGACAUCCUGGCCGACCACUCCAUCAAGCUCACGUGGGACCAAAAGCUGCGGAUGCUCCGGUCGGCCGCUCUGGGCCUCAACUACCUCCAUUCGCUCAAGCCCAUCAUCGUGCAUCGUGACCUCAAGCCAUCCAACCUUCUGGUGGACGAAAACUGGAAUGUCAAGGUGGCCGACUUUGGGUUCGCGCGAAUCAAGGAGGAGAAUGCGACGAUGACCCGAUGCGGCACUCCCUGCUGGACUGCGCCGGAGGUGAUCCGCGGGGAGAAGUACGACGAGCGGGCGGACGUCUACUCGUUUGGCAUCACCAUGUGGCAGGUGCUCACGCGCAAGGAACCCUUCGCCGGGCGCAACUUCAUGGGCGUGUCGCUGGAGGUGCUCGAGGGCAAACGCCCACAGAUUCCCAGCGACGCUCCUGCCAGCUUCAGCAAGCUGAUGCGCAAGUGCUGGCACGCCAAUCUGGACAAGCGUCCGUCAGCAGAAGACGUUCUGGCCUUCUUCGACCGGCAUGUGGGCGAAGGCCUCACCGAUGUAGCAUGA